AUGGACGCCACCGGCGCCGAGAUCAAGGACGUGAUCGAAGCGCCCACGGAGGAAGAAGCGCAGGCGACGAUCCGCCAGAUGGGCUAUUUCGUCACCAAGAUCAACGUCAAGAAGGUCCGUAAGAAGGCCGAGACGGCAAGCGCGAAGAAGAAGAACCGCGGCUUUGUGUUCGGCGGUGUGAAGUCGCGUGAGCUGACCACGUUCACCCGCCAACUCUCGAUCCUCCAGGACGCGGGCCUGCCGAUCGUGCGGAGCUUGCGCAUCCUCGCCGAGCAGGCCAAGCCCGGACGCCUCAAGUACUCGCUCGAAGACACCUGCGAAGAGAUCGAGGGCGGUUCGACGCUCUCCGAGGCGAUGUCCAAGAGCCCCAAGUGCUUCGACCGGCUCUACGUCAACAUGAUCAAGGCGGGCGAGGCGGGCGGCGCCCUGGAGCUCAUUCUCCAGCGUCUGGCCGACUUCAAAGAACGAUCCGAGUCCCUCAAGCGUAAGAUCAAAGGGGCGAUGAUCUACCCGGUGGUGGUCGUCACCGUCGCGGUCGGCAUCUUGACGUUCAUCAUGAUCGCCAUUGUCCCGGCGUUCGAACAGAUUUUCGACGACUUCGGCCUCGAACUCCCCACCGCGACGCUGUUCCUCGUCGCGGUCUCGAACUGGACGGUCAACUACUGGUACCUGAUCCCAGGCAUCCCGGUCUGUAUCUGGCUGUUCAUCAAACUCCUACGAAAAUUCAGACACGGCCGCAUCGGCUGGGACCAGUUCACGCUCAAGGUGCCGAUCUUCGGCCCGCUAGUGGAGCAGAACAUCCUCGCGCGGACGACGCGGACGCUGGGCACCCUGAUCGCCUCGGGCGUGCCGAUCCUCGAGGCGCUCAACAUCACCCGCGACACGGCGGGCAACGCGAUCUUCGAGCGGAUGUAUCAGAAGAUCAGCGACGCCAUCCGUGAGGGCGAAGCGAUCGCCGCCCCGAUGAAGCUGAACUCGGUGCCGGGAUUCCACCCCAUCGCGGCGCUGUUCUGGUUCUGCUUCGUCGGUGGCCCGAUCGGCCUGCUCUUGUACCUCCUCAAGUACAAGCAGCGGAUCGUGGACGACCUCGUGGUGAACAUGGUCGACGUGGGCGAAGAGACCGGCGAGCUCGACACGAUGCUCUACAAGAUCGCCGACGUGUACGACGAGCUCGUCGCCGUGCGCACCGACUCGCUAACGAAGCUGCUCGAACCGCUCUUGGUGAUCUUCCUCGGCGGCGCCGUCGGCUUCAUCGUCAUCGCGCUGUUCAUCCCGCUGGUGAAGCUGAUCGAGGGAACGAAACCAUGCGGAUCCAAGAACGAGAGCGGCCNNCAUUCCGCAUUCCGCAUUCCGCAUUCCGCAUUGGCCUCACGGACCAACACAUCACACCGCCCCGGCUUCACCCUCGUGGAGCUCCUGGUCGUCAUCACGAUCAUCGGCAUCCUCACGGCGCUGUUGCUCGUGGGCGUGCAGCAGGCGCGGAUUGCGGCGCAGCGGGCGGCGAUCACUACCGAGAUCAACCAGAUCGACGCCGCCAUCAAGGACCUCAAAAACUCGUCCGGCAGCUUCCCGCCGAACGCCCAGACCGAUGCGGGCGGCCCGAUCAAUGAAAACACCGUCCUCACCGACUUCAAGCAGUUCAUGCUGAAAGCCUUCCCGCAGCACCGCGAGCACGAGGCGCUGAUCAAGGCCUUAGUAGGCGUGGCAACGACCAGCGAGCAGAACAUCGCCACGAACCUCCCCGGCGGCAUGACCGCGGCCGAGGCGGCCGUGUUCUGGGUCGGUGGAUUCAGCAGCGACCCGAAGUAUCCGAUCACCGGAAGCGGCGGCCCGUCCUACCUGAUCUCGACACUCCCCCCCCCGAUAACGGAUCCGAGCGAAGCCGACCCGAUCGACCAGCGUUCGUGGCAGCUCGGCAUCAAGGUCGAGAACCUCGGUCCGCGCGGCAAUGACGGCUACUUCUCCAAGAAUUACACUCGGUUCAUCGACUACGCCGAUCCACGCGACCCGAGCGGCAAUACCAGGCGCCGCAUCAACAUGUGGGUGCUGACGCCGGGCAACUCGCCCGCGCCAUACGUCUACUUCGACGCCUCGCGUGGCUCUGGCGUCACCGCCGCGAACGACGUCCCGGCGGCCACCGAGCCGGUCAAUCACGCCGGCUCCGAGGGGCUGCAAGAAUUGCUCGACCAGACGAAGCUCGUCUACGCGAUCAAGCAACGCAAAUCGGUGGGCGCGGGUUACGAUUUCGCCAACAAGGGCCAGUUCCAAGUCCUCCACGCCGGCUUCGACCGCGAGUGGUUGUUCAUCGACCCCAAUAGCGGCGCAUCGCUGGCGUUCCCGCAUGUUGUCAACGACGGAACGAUGGCCCCGACCGAGACGCUCUACCCCGAAGGCCCGUGGACGGCGGAGCUCGCCGACACGCAGGCCAACUUCACCAACGGCAUCUUGGAGGGGGCACAGCUGAUGGUCGCGAUCGCGAUCAUCGGCAUCCUGGCGUCGCUCCUCUUGGGCGCCGCGGCGGUCGCCAGCGAAGUGGCGCGCAACGCCCGGACCAAGUCGUUGAUCGCCCGGCUGCACACGCUGGUGAUCGAGCGCUACGACGGGUACCGCAAUCAUCGGGUGGAGAUUCAGCCGUUUACCGACACUGCCGUUUACCGCACAAGCCUCGCGGCAGUUACAGGGUUCGUCUACCCAACUGGCCCGAACGGCUUGAAUCCGCCACAACCCGGCGGUCCCGGCGAUCCUCGGAUGCGCGCCUACGCACGUCUCGCAGGACUGCGCGAGCUCAUGAAGUUGGAGAUGCCCGAUCGCUGGAGCGACAUACUCAACGGUGCCGUGCAGAAUCCGCCGCAGAUCAUACCUCCUAGCUCGGGCCGUCCCGGCGUCGUGCUCCAGCGAGUCCCCGCUCUCUACGAGACCUACGCCAGGGCUUACAACCAAUUGGUUGGGCGUACCAACACGGUGACGGGACUACCCAACACCGACGACGACAUUCUCGCAAACGAAUCGGCCGAGUGCCUGUACCUGAUCAUUAUGAACGCCACGGGCGACGGCGAAGCGCGGGGUAUGUUCAAGCCCAACGACAUCGGCGACACCGAUGGCGACGGCGCGUUUGAGUUCCUCGACGGCUGGGGCAAGCCGAUCACGUUCCUCCGCUGGGCCCCCGGCUUCGACUCCGACGCGCAGCUGAGCUUCCGGUCUCUCGAGCGCACCGCGAGCAACCCCCGCCUGGGCCCGAACGUCGUCGCCGAACAGCUCCUCGAAGACCACGACCCGUUCGACCUCUUCCGCUUGGACCCGCCCGCCGGUUCCGGCUUGCUACGCGGCUGGCGGCUGACGCCGCUGAUCAUUUCGGGCGGCGGCGAUGAGGAGAUCGGCGUGCGAACCCUCAGCGGAGCUGACUACAUCGCGACGCUCAACCCUUAUGCCGACGUCUUGUUAGGUGAGGCGACGGACACCCCGAACGACGCUGCUCGGGACAUCGAAGCCGAGCUCGCCGGCGACGACAUCACCAACCACAACCUGCUGGUCGUGAUCGUCUUGGUGACGACGCUCGUCACCACGGUGAUCCCGAUCCUCUCGCCCGGCGGGGACAACAAGCGGAUCCGCGAGGCGUCGCGGAACCUCAACGCCUACCUGCAGGGCGCCCAGGCGCGGGCGAUCGAGACCGGCCGGCCGUUCGGCGUCGCCUUCCAACGCCUGUCGGCCGACACCGAGCGCGGCGCCGACAACGCCGUCUGCGUGCGGGCCGAGUACGUCGAGGUCCCGCCGCACUACUCGGGGAUGGAUAGCUCGUCGCUGGCGAGGGUCUGUAUCGACAGCAAUAGCCAGCAGUUGGCGCUGCAGUUCGUGCGUCUAGGAACGGUGAAUGCCCCCGGGACUGACAUGCUCCCCGCCGGUUACGACGUGGACCUCGUCCCUGAUCGCUUCUUGCGCCCGGGCGACACGGUCGUCGUCGGCAAGCACGCGUUCGUGCUCGGAGCGGCGACUGGUAAUUUCGCCGGUCGCGCCUACACGCCGAUCGACUCGACCAGCAGCGGCCAGGGCUACUUCAAUACGACCGGCAACUACACCUCAGCCAACUAUCCCGUCUUUAGCGUGACGAUCGCCGGCCCCGACUCGGCGAAUCUGAGCUUCCUCUACGACUCCGAGGGCGUCGCCGUCGGUCAGCAGCAGUUGCAGGCCAGCGGCUCAAGCUCCACCUUCUUCGCGACGGCGCCGACACCGUACCAAAUCCAGCGCCAGCCCGUCCCCGCGGGGGGCGAGCCGCUGGAGAUGCCCGGUAGCGUGGCUGUCGACUUGCAGGCGAGCGUGUUCACCUCCGGGUUGAGGGUCUUCCGCCCCAGCUACGCGUCGAUCGAUUCCGCCACCAACGACUUCGUCGCGAUGCGGAACCCGGUGAUGGUGUUGUUCUCCCCGCAAGGCAACAUCGAUCGCGUCUAUGGGUUGUUCGACAACGCCGGUCAGCCAAUGACGCCGCAGAACGUGACCAGCACGUUGGCCCUGUGCGUCGGCCGCCGCGAACUGAUCCCCCCCAAACAGACCGAAGGGGCCGCCGCCCUGACGGCGCCGAUGAAUCACAACGAGCCGAUCGACCUCGAGCGCGACAUCGUCGCCCGCAACCUCAGCGAAACCGAGGCCAAGGUUGUUAUGGACCAGUACAAUUGGUUGAACCUCGACAGCCGCUGGGUGCUCGUCGGCGGGCAGAGCGGGGCGGUCUCAACGAUCGCCACGAGCGGCGUCUACCCGGGCCCGCUAACGGCGACGGUGGAUCAGCAACUCGCUGCCGCCAUUGAGAACGCCUC